AUGAAUAUUUCUUUGUCUGACUCUUCGUAUGUGGUGAGUGUGGCAGGGGUGCGAAAGAAAGACCGCGCAGAUUUGGUGGAGGACGUGAUGAUCACAUCGAUUCUCUUUGAGACAGUUCACCCCACCUUGAUCAUCACUGAAGCUGUCACCGUUGCCGACAGACCAACAGUAGUAGCCCCAGACACGUCUUCUCUACAAACUCCUAAGCCGGAGAUAGUUCAUACCCAGGAUCCCAUCGCCAAGACUGAGACAAACAGCGAGACUACUACCCACUCGGCUGUUGAUUCGUCAGCUACUCAAUCAUCAACAUCAUCAGAAAGUUCGGCAGCUCCGACUACCUUGAGCUCGGCGUCGUUGCAGCCGCAUGGGCCUUUCCAUACGUCUAAAGUCUCGGUCUUUUCUACGAUUUCUGAUACCCAAACCAGCAUUGGGGACUCAACUUUGGUCACCAGUCCUUCAAGCUCAGAGAACCCAUCAACCACCUGGCCAAGCAGCCCAGUUCUCUCGACAAGCUCUACCUUGGAAACCAUGACAUCAGUCAUUACCAUGUCAUCCUCCCAAAGCGUUUCCCCCUCCUCAAGCGUUUCCCCCUCCUCCACGACCUUAGCAAACGUAGUUGCAGGGUCGAACAACUCUAACAACGAGUCGUCGACCGCAGAAACAAAAACCGGCAACCAAAAGUUAAGCGUCAUUGUCGGCGGGAGUGUCGGCGCCGCAACAUUUGCCCUCGUUCUUGGCAUCUUGGCUCUUUGCCUCAUCCGUCGCAGAAGACGAGCUAGCCCCCAUCGUCGCCAAAACAGCAGACAGGGACUGCUCCCAGGCAGAACCUCCACAAGCUCUUCUUUCCUCGGCCACACCCGUGAAAUCUCCCAGCCGUACUUUUUCGACAAAGAUGGCAGCGCCUGUAUCCCAUCGGCCCCCGUGUUUCCCGUUCGUCGCAACUUCUCAUUCCCGAUUUACCAUCCCGAACCCGCUCCAGCCUUCGGCGCGUCAGUUCAAACUCAGCCCCCCUACCUGGAGAAGGUGUAUCUGCAGGGUGAAGCACACGAAGUCUUUGUGAAGGACCGGCCUUUAGACCCCGGGUUCAGCCCAGUCUCGCCAAUCAUUGAGGUCUAUCCUCCGUCUCGUUCAGUCUCAAACUACUCCCGGCCCUCGGGCCAUGGUGAUCCAGGAUAUCUCGACUACAGCUUUGAUUCGUACCCCAAUUCUUGCCGCACUAGUACUUAUCGGCUCGGCGAGAGCACCUUGACUCUGCCCCAUGCGUCUAGCCAGACCGUGUGCUCUGUCGGCACGGCCAAGACACGAGAUAGCGUUCGCAGUGAUCCAUUUGAUCUUGAGGCGCCUCCGAGUGUUCGUCACAAUAGCUCCCCUGAUCCAUCCCUUAAAGCGCGAUGGAGCUUUGGGUUCUAA